AUGACCUCAUGCAUGACAUCUAAGUAUAGAGGCCAUAACCCCCCUCUUUACUGCCCCGCCUCCUCAAUUUCCUUCUCACCAUCUAAUCUAAUCUCACCAUUGAAGAACAUAUCCAUCAUGUCGAACGUCUACUUUGAUAUUGACUAUACAAACCGCAGCGGGCAGAAUGAAUCAUGGGGCCGCAUCGUGUUCAAACUCUACGACGACGUCGUCCCAAAGACCGCUGGUAACUUCCGCGCCCUGGCAACUGGCGAGAAGGGCUUCGGAUAUGCAGGCUCGGCGUUCCAUCGUGUGAUUGCCGGGUUCAUGGCUCAGGGUGGUGACUUUACCCGCGGAAACGGAACAGGCGGUAAAUCGAUCUAUGGCGAAAAGUUCGAAGACGAGAACUUCAGCAUCCAGCAUACCAAGCCGGGUCUGCUGUCCAUGGCAAACGCGGGACCAAACACGAACGGGUCUCAGUUCUUCAUCACUUUCGUCAAAACUCCUCAUCUGGAUGGCAAGCAUGUUGUCUUUGGGGAGGUUGUGUCGGGACAGGAAAUACUCUCGAAGAUGGAGAGCAAGAGCUUGGAUUCAAGUGGGCGCACGGACGGUACUAUCAAGAUUGCUGCCUCGGGUGCUCUUUGAGCGUUUGAGCAGUGUUGGAUUGUGUUGUGCUUGAUUGUAGUCGUGUUGGGUAGUGCUCUAUAUAGGCUGCAAUCAAAGUGUGACGCAUUGAUACCAAUGUGGUACUUUGUAGUUGAGUUCGUACGUGGUUAGAGGGCAGAUGGCUGCAAGUCCAUUGCUGUUAUGAGUGUGGGUGGCUCAAGUGGCAUGGCAUGAGAUGAGGCUUGUGGUUGGCCAUGUUGGCUGGAAGACAUCAUUGGGUGUGG